AUGGCAUCUCAUGGCGGCACACAGGCCCCAGUGGGCAGCAGCUCCGAAUUUAGCGAGCUCCUGUCAACAAAUACCGCCACGUUCGGUCUUUCGAAGCACCUCCUGAUUCCCAUUUUCGUGAAAAUACGAUCUCUUGAAUCGUCACACCCGUUCAAACCAGCCACUAGCUCAGCCAAGUACAAAAACCCAGAUCUCUUCAAGGUGCUUUCACAGAUUCUGCCGUGCUCGGACUUGUUUGUUAAAGUCGAAGUUCUCGAUGGCAACAAUAACAUCCUCGUGCCUCCAAUGCAGACGCCGUACAAGCAGUUCACAGGGAACAAGAGGGUGUGGGAUGCGGUGUUGAAGCUACCUAUUAAUUACAAUCAAGCCAGCUUCGAGACGUACGUGAAGUUCACACUCUACGAGAUUGUAGAGACAAAACCUGCUUUCUUUGCCGAGGGAACCUUAUCACUAUUCAAUCACGAAAACGGAUCUCUUCGCAAGGGCACGUACAAGGUGCCCAUUUUCCGUGAGGAACAGGAAUUUGUCAAUUACAAGGACCAUAAGUGCACCACAGAGCUAGAAAGAAAACUCAUUGACUACGAAAACGGCGUUGUGACGAAAGAGGCAUGGCUAGACCUGCUUCUGUUGCCCAUUGUGGAGAGGCUCAAGCAUGAAGAAAAGAAACCAGACCUUGAUGCUCCAUAUCAUCUUUUUGUCGAGCUUCCAAACUUCUCUUUGCCCAUUGUGUUUCUGGACGUUACAUAUGAGCUUCCCAACCCAGCAGUGAACUUGCUCCCCAAUGAUUAUGUAGACAAACCGCAGCAGACUAAUAACGAGACUGCGGGUGCCAUGGUACUCACGUCGGUUGAAUUGACUCCUAAAAAGCUUUAUGACCCUGACUUCGAUCUCAUCACCCUCCACACCUUCAACACUGAGGAAGGCUCUGUGCCAGGAGGUGCUGGCGUGCUUGGCCAGACGAGCUCAGGAGUUCGCCCGGCUCCAAUGGACCCGAUUGAGAAAAAAUUUAGCAUUCUAUCCACCAGCAUCAACAAUAACUCCUUGCUAGAUAAAGAGGUGAAGCCAUCGCCGCAAGACCGUGACGAGCUAGGGAAGAUCUUGAGAAAGCCGCUGAGUGCACCCUUGGCCGACCACGAAAAAAGGAUGUUGUGGAAGUACAGAUACUUUUUUUCGAAAAACUAUGGCCAGGAAGACGCCCAAACCGCUGCUGUUCCACUGCAAAGUCAAAGGCAGUUUCUCACAAAAUUCUUAAAAUGCUUUAAUUGGGAAAAUGAACAAGAGCUUGAUCACGCCAUGAAGGAGAUCUUGCCGUACUGGAGUGUGGAAAAAAUCGAUAUGGGCGAUGCACUUGAACUUCUCAGUAAUCAAUUCAACCCAUACAACCUUACUGCUGCUCUACGUCGUCGUCUUGUGGACACCAAAGGAGCAUCUGGACGUGAGAUCAACACCUCUGAGGAGCAAAAGAUAGAGAAGAUCUUCAACUACGCCAUGAGACUACGCGAGUUUGCUGUGGACCGUCUCAAAAUUGCCUCUGCCGACGAGCUUCUACUUUACCUUUUGCAGCUUGUUCAGGCACUAAAGUACGAGACCUUGGAAGACGGUGAUGCGCCCUUGGCAAAAGCUCCUCUUGCGAAGUUUUUGAUUCUUCGGUCUGUGGAGUCUGGAAUGUUGGGCAAUUUCUUUUAUUGGUAUGUCAAAGUGGAAAACGAGGACCAACUCAAUGCAUCCGAUACAGCCGCCCACUCUAAAGUAGUCAACGGAGCUAUCUACGGCGUGGUCUUGAACAAGUAUAUUGAGAAGCUCAGAACCCACUGUCUGAAAAGAAAGCUACCUCACUACAAGUAUCUCAAGCGUCAAAUUGCAUUUAUCAAGAAGCUUACGGGGCUUGUCGAAAAGAUACGCACCACAUUCAAAAGAAAUGAAGCCACAGCCAAGAAAGUACAAUAUCUUCGUGAGUAUUUGGCGGAUCCGCUGAAUGAGAUGCUCAGUUUUCCAGAUCCAUUCCCUCUCCCACUUGAUCCUUCGGUGAUUAUCUGCGGCUGCUACCCCGAAGAAUCAUCAGUAUUCAAGUCAUCGUUGGCCCCGCUCAAAAUCACAUUCAAAACUAUCACCAACUACAAAGACAGGCUGUUGUCGUCGCAUUCGUCGCAGAUUUUUGGUGGUGCUAAGAAGCACAAAUAUGGAAAAUAUCCCCUCAUGUUUAAGAUCGGCGACGAUUUGAGACAGGAUCAGUUGGUGAUUCAAAUCAUCAAUUUGAUGGACCAGCUUUUGAAGAAUGAGAACUUGGACUUGAAACUCACGCCAUACAAGAUCUUGGCCACUAGCCCCAUUGCCGGGCUCAUUCAAUUUGUCGAAAAUGAAACUUUGGAUGCCGUAUUGACUGCCACUUAUGAUUCAACGGGAACAAACACCAAUCUGCAAACAAACACACCUGCAAAUGGCAUUCUCAGAUACCUACAGCUACACAGCAGAAAGCUUCACCAUGAGGAGCCGGAGUCACAGAGUGUCCUUGGAAAGAAGAAAAAUAGCAUUCCGCUGCAAGAACAAGAGCACGCUAUUUCUAGCGAUUUGGGGGUUUCUCCCGUUGUCAUGGACAACUACGUCAAGUCAUGUGCUGGAUACUGUGUCAUUACUUACUUGCUUGGGGUAGGUGAUCGUCAUCUUGAUAAUUUGCUUCUUUCUCCAAACGGUAAAUUCUGGCAUGCAGACUUCGGUUAUAUUUUAGGAAGAGAUCCCAAGCCAUUUCCUCCGUUGAUGAAACUCCCAAUUCAGGUUGUUGAUGGCAUGGGUGGCAUGACCCAUGAAAACUUCAACAUCUUUAAGAAUUAUUGCUUCAUCACGUACACCACGCUUAGAAGGAACAGCAACUUGAUCCUCAAUCUUUUCCAAUUGAUGUUGAAUGCGAAUAUCCCAGACAUUCAAAUAGAUCCCAAGAGGGCAGUGGAGAAAGUCCAGGAGAAGUUUGCACUAGAGAUGACGGAAGAAAUGGCAAUUCUUCAUUUCCAAAACCUCAUCAUCGACAGCGUCAACGCAUUUUUGCCGGUAGUUAUCGAUGCACUUCACAGUUUAGCGCAAUACUGGAGGGCUUGA